GCACACGGCAAUAAAGCUCAGUUGAGAAGGAGGACUUCUUAAGAUCAGAAUUAUCCUUACAAACUUACACCGCCCUGCGGCCUCCCCUGCAGACUCCUAUUGAUAUCCUUUAGAAAGGUGCAAAAUGGCAGCUGCCAGAGUGACAAUGGCUGCCUCAAGGACAACAAAUGAUGACCUAGAUGACUACAGUGCUUACGCACACAUGUCUCAAGAACAGCUGUUGCAGUUAGCUAUUGAACGAAGUCUAGCUGAUACCAAUAUGACUCCAUGGCAGAAUGGGCAAUUCUAUACCCACACACAGCCAACUGCCCCCUUAGCUACACGACAGCCACCAUGCAACCCUAACCGAACAAACCCGCCUGUUGCUGCCUCUGCCAACCCUCCCAGUGAGAAAUGUGUAAAAAUCAACAGAGAUAGCAUAAACCAUAUUAUCAGUGAAGACAAUGGCAAGGUGAUUGCCUGGACAGGGCACAAUGGACACCUACGGGUCACAGUGAAACCUAUGAAUGAUUUAGACCCUUUUCUCUCAGCCAUUUUGAGAGGGGAUGCAGAGGCUUUAAGAAACAUGAUUCAUUCCAAAUCUAAAAUACUUGAUGAACCCAAUAAAGAUGGCUGGAUACCACUUCAUGAGUCUGCAUACUAUGGUCAUGUUGAGUGCCUUAAGAUUUUGCUCAAAGCCAGUCCAGAUACAAUCAACAAACGAACACAUAAUAAUCAGACGCCACUUCUUCUGGCUGUGAGUUGCAAAAACUUUUCUUGUGUCGAACACCUUUUAGAGGAAGGCGCUAAUCCCAAUAUUGCAAAUCACCAGAGGGAGACACCGCUGCACAAAGCAUGCGAGAAAGCAAGUGAAGAGAUAGUGGGUCUUCUUUUGAGGUUUGGAGCUUCACCAUCCACAGCAUGUGCUCAAGGUGGGACUCCACUACAUGAAGCAGUGAGAAACAAAAACAUAGAGAUUUGUAAGAUGUUGCUACAAGCAGGGGCAAAGCUUUCGGUCAGAAAUGUUUAUGGCAUUGACCCUCUGUUUGUGGCUGCUCAGUGUGGCGCUGCUGAGGUGCUUAACUUCCUAAUUGUAAAAGGAGGAAAUAUCAAUACCCAGGCAAAUGAUGAUGCCUCCGCCUUGUUUGAGGCUUCUAAGAAUGGUCAUGUUGAAGCUGUUGAGAUACUCCUGUCAAGAAAAGCAGAUCUUAACAAACCCAACAAGACUGGAUUACUUCCCAUUCAUGUUGCUGCAAAGAAUGGUCAUGACAGCAUUGUUUCCAUGCUAAUCCCUAUCACUAAUAUGGCAAAAGUAAGACGGUCUGGCAUUAGUCCUAUCCAUCUUGCUGCAGAACGUAACAGAGAUGAUGUUCUAGAGACCUUGAUUGAGACUGGAUUUGAUGUCAACGCCAGGCUGUCAGAUGGUUGGUCAAAGAUGUAUGAAGAUCGUCGCAGCACAGCUCUGUACUCGGCUGUGGUAAAUAGAAACACUGAAGCAACUGCUAUGCUAUUAGAGGCCGGUGCCGACCCAAACCUGGACAUUUUCAACCCCCUGCUAGUGGCUGUGAGGAAAGGAAGUAUGGAAAUUGUGACCUUGCUGGUUAAGCAUGGUGCCAAUGUCAAUGCACUGCUUCCAACUCAUUCCACCAGCUUUCCUGCGGUUUUGGUUUUCUGCAUGAAGCACUUGGCAAUGAUUAAGUACCUAAUGGACCACGGCUGUGAUGCACUAUCAUGUUUUAGCUGUCAAUACGGCAGUAACACACAUCCACCCAUAAAGCUAAGAGGAAAUGGGAGAGAAGCAAUUUAUUAUUUAAAUGAUGAACCAUCAGACUACUGUGUACAGUUUUGUGAGAUAAUCUCUGCUCCCUCAGCCUGCGGCUGGGUGGGACCCAUCAUAGAUAUGUUACUUGACUAUGUGGGUAAUGUUAAACUUUGCUCAAGAAUAACUGAACACCUGGACAGCAACACAGAUUGGGCCCAUAUUAAAGAAAAAUCAGUUCUUCCUUGUAGAUUGAUGCAUCUGUGCAGACUCAAGAUUCGUCAACGGAUGGGAGUCCACAGACAGAGACUAAUCAAAACUCUUCCUCUACCAGGGAGACUAAUCAAGUUUUUGAGUUAUGAACAAGAAACAUUUAAGGAUGUCCUGUGAUGAACAACAUUCUUAAUUAUUUUCAGAGCAUGUUGCUUUGAAUUCUUUUUUUAGUGUAAUUAACUUUAGAUAAUGUUUUUUAGAUAUCUGAAAAUAGCUGUCAAAAGCAAAUUAUUAGUUUUAUAAUGUUUGUAAAGGUAGUUAUUCUCCAUACAUCAUAUGGAAUUUAAUAAUAUUCAAAUGUAAAUAUAAUAUGCACAACAAUAUUAUAUGUCAGCUUUUUAGAGUAUGUAAUUUUAUCUGUACAUGCAUAGCAAAAUCUUCAUCCACACUGAGGCUUUUUAUAAUGUGACUACUAAGUGGAUUUUUAUGGUUGCAAUAACACACAGAAUCCAGAAACUUCAUUCUUGGUCUUCAAAAAUUAUGCAGCAAAAAUACUGAAACAUUACAAAUGUAAUGUAAUCCUUCAGAAAAGCAUUAGGUAAUUGAAGGAAUUUUCUGCUUUAAUGCUUUAAAGAUGUACAGAGUACAAUGAACUAAAUCAGUUUUGUAAAUUAGUCAACAAUUAUGUAACUUGUCUGCUUAUACAGAUAACUGUUGUACAUCUUUGUGUAUGGAUUAGCAUCGAGCUUUAUCAGUAUUCCUGUGAAUUUCCUGUGUGGUUUUUUAUUUGUUUGAGACUUUCUCUGUGGUUUUGCAUCACAACAAAUUUUUAUUAGGUCUGUUGAAAGACAAUCAGAGAGUUCUGUAGUUGCUCUCGCUGUGUGUGAGAAAGGGUGGAGUUUGAGUUGCUUAACCAAAACACAGUUGUUAUGUAGCUCAAAUAAGCAGCACGGUAAAGUGAACCAGCCACAGUUACAAAAUUAAACCUUAAAUAAGAGGUAAAAUUGUUCAUUGGUAACUGAAUGCUGAAGGUUGUGAUACGUGUAUGUUUAAUGGCACCACUCACCUUGCAACAUUCUAAUAUCAUACUGCUAACUCAUGCAGCUAACUGUGGUUUAGAUAAGCUCUAUAAUUAUCCAGCCAUAAUUCAAAUGCUUAUGCAAGACACAUGUAAAUAUAGACUCUACCACUUCAUUGCUGUUUUGUCUUUGCUCUGAACUUUAACCAAAGAUAAUCAUGUCCUUUAAAAAAAUACAUAAUUAAAAAGACAAAUAUUUUAGCAAUAUUUCAAGCUGUUAAAUAUUUUGUCAUAUUUAAAAAAACAAACAAAAGAAAUGACUAUGAAAACUGCUGCAGCUAAGACAACAAAACAGUUAACAAAGGUCAAGUAGACUCAAAAAGUUUCUUUACAGCCCGCACAUACCAAAGGUGUCUCUACAAGACUCUUCGGUGUCUCCUUUUUGACCACUGGAAGACCUAAUAAUGACA